ACCUGUUGCCUGCACUAUUAAAAUGGCUGCCUCCAUGAGAAGGUUGUUUGCGCAGAAAAGCAACUGCUUAGGUCUGAAAAGCCUGUUAGAUGAUCUGUCAUCAACCCCGGCCUACAACUAUGUUCCUGUGUUGUUCAACACAAAUUCAAGUAAACACUAUGAUCUCAAGUGGAGGGUGAAGAGGAGAGAGAAAACAGCUUAUUACCCAAAAGACAGAGAUCAACGAAUGAAACUGCAGGAAAAAAUCGCAAAUAACCACAACAUACAGUCGUAUCAGUCCCAGAGAUCGCCACAGUUUCAGAUCACUCUGCAAGAGUCAAGAAUGGUUUUUGACAGAUUUGUUCCAAUAGAAUAUGUGGAUAAUUCCAUAAUGACAAAUGUGGAGAAAGUGUACACAAGAGUAAGCAACACCAAAGUGAAGGUGAAUCAGAUGAGAGCUAAAAGGCAGAUUAAAAAGUAUGAACCAAACUUCAACAUGAAAACCAUCGGGGACGAACUCGUGGAGAUAUACAUAGAAGCUCACAAUCUCCUGCCAAAAUACAGAGCCAAUAUGCAGCGGUUUACCGAUUUGGUGACUACACAUUGUUUGGAGAAAAUGUCACACUUGACUGCCUUGAGAACAAUCCGAUGGCAAUAUAAUGAAGCGUUGGAGCGCCCCAAGGUGGUAAACGUGUCUUGCCAACCUGGCUAUGUGGAGGGCAAUUACAUCGCUCAGGUCACGCUCAGAAUGCACUCAAAACAGACCCUUGCCAUUUAUGACCAAUUUGGAAGGAUUAUGUAUGGUAACGAAAACCAUCCCACGAACGUUCUAGAGUUCAUUGUGUUCGAGAAAAACAUUUCUGACCUGUACGGUCGAUGGAAGGUUCACGAUAAGGUCGUGCCUAAAUGGCUGACUCUUAAACAGGAAUUACAUAAUAGUAAGAGGAUUACAGAUGAUGAGGCCAGGGCAUUUGAAGAUAUUAUGGAAGAAGAGGCACAAAAACAGAAAGAAGAAGAAAAGGCGAAAAAAAAGGCAGAAAAAAAGGCAGAAAAAGAGGCGGAAAAAAUAAGAAACUUAAAGAAAAUGAGAACAGUUUAAAGUUUGAUGAUUAAAUGCUUCAUGCUUAUAGCAUCAAACGUUGUGAUGAAUUGUCUUUAAAUGUUUGUCAACUUCAGAAAUGAGCAUUUAAGGCAUUUUGAAUAUAGAAAAUAUGGUAUAAUACAUUCAAAUUGUCGACUAAUUCUGUUAUUAAACAAUAAAACAAGCCUUUUUCUGUUUUAUCUUUCAAAGUUUUGCUAUCAUGUUUCUUUUAUUACCAAAAAUAAUUACAUGAAUGUUAUAAGCAUUAACAAUCAUAUUAGAAAUUAUAGCUCUGACUUAAAACAAUUGAUUUAAAUGUUUCAUCCUUAACAAAAAUCAACAUGCAAGUGUUCUCAGAAGAAAGGGUCGUCUUAGAUGAAAACGUCAGUGGGAACUAUUUUUGCCAAUUUUGUUUUUGAUGAACACAAUAAAAUAAAUGAGAAAAAUUCUGA